AUGGCAGCUCCCAACGAGACCUACGUCCCGGCAUUUCCUCCAAAGCCCAAGCCCCACAUCUCAACCGGCAUCCCCUUUCCUGAUGCAUGUGCCCACCAUAUCAAAAAUACGUUCCAUGUAUCCAAGGUCUACAUAAUUGUAUCGAACUCUAUCAGCAAAACAUCAAACUUUACCUCUCUACAGGAACGUCUUGGUGAUCUGGUCGUCGGCGUGCGGUAUGGGAUCAAGCCGCAUACACCAUGGGAUGAUAUUCUGGAGAUCGUACAUGAUAUACGAGAGAAGGAAGCAGAUAUCAUUGUUACACUUGGUGCCGGAUCACUUACUGAUGGAGCAAAAGUCAUUUCGUUUGCGUUGGCAAACAAUGUAUCUACCCACGAUGAACUCUACUCCCUCUCAGCAGAAGCCAAGACACCGAAUCUAAAGCCAUGUGAAGUCCCCGUAAUAAACAUACCAACGUCCCUUUCUGGCGGGGAAUACUCUCAUUUUGCUGGCGCAACCAAUACUUUAACGCAUCAGAAAGUAGCUUUCAGUCACCCAUCGAUGAGUGCAUCUCUUGUUAUCCUAUCUCCAUCUCUAUGUAUCUCGACUCCUCAACAUAUUUGGCUUAGCACAGGACUUCGAGCCGUAGAUCAUUGUGUCGAAGGAUUAUGUUCACUUGAUAAGAAUGUUUGCGCUGAAAGUGACGAGGAGUUUUCGAGUGGAUUGAGAUUGCUUGUGCCGAAUUUGUUGAUCACCAAGAAAGAUCCCACAGAUGGGGAAGCGAGAUUGAAGGAAAUGUGGGGUGUGGUAGAAGCAAUGAAAGCACUUGGCAGAGGAAUUCCAAUGGGCGGAAGCCAUGGAAUCGGACAUCAAUUGGGUCCGCUUGGUGUUGGCCAUGGUGAGACGAGCUGUAUUAUGUUACCGCCUGUGUUGAAAUAUAAUGCGAAGCAUGGUAGCAAGGACGAGCGUGUUGUUGAAGGCCAGAGAAAAGUGCUGAAGGUUUUGUGGGGGGAGGCGACCGUCAGAGAUGUGUUUGAGAGGAGAGGAUUGAAGGAAGAAACCUCCGAUGCAGGCGAUGCGGUAGGUGCGAUAGUGAGCGAGCUUGGUAUGCCAACGGCUUUGAAAGACGUGGGCGUGGGUAGGGACAGGUUGGAUGCACUAGCGGACAAUUGUUUAAAGGACAGGUGGUUACCAACAAACGCUGUACCAUUGACUAGCAAAGAGCAAGUGCUGGAGGUGUUAGAAAUGGCUCUGGGUUUAUAG